GUACACACACGCACACGUACGCACGCACGCACGUACGUACGCACCAGCUACGGCAGCAGACUCCACCUCCGCGGACCCUCCGGGCCAAAAAUGACUCAAGGUGAAGAAAAUGCCAUUUGCGGACGAGCGGAGCGAACUCAUCAGCAGGGGCGGAAAUGUAAGAUGGCCCAGGGCAGCGGCGGCGGACCGGCGGACGCUGACGUCAAAACUCUCCUCAACUUCGUCAACCUCGCGUCCAGCGACAUCAAGGCUGCGCUGGACAAGUCUGCGCCGUGCAAGCGGUCCGUGGACCACAGGAAGUACCUGCAGAAGCAGCUGAAGCGGUUCUCGCAGCGCAGGGUGCUGCCGCGCUACGUCGCGACCAGACCAGUCAAGGAUAUAACGGCUACUACUACUCCUCCGGCUGCUUCUCUCCUUAAAAGGCGGCCGGAGAGCACGUCAAGUGUCAAUUCGGAGAGCAGCAGCGGCAGCGGCAGCGAGUCGUGCGGCUCCGAGGCGGGACCGAUUCUAGCGGAGAGUUGCCACCCCAUCGACCUCAGCAUGCCUGACAGGGAGCUGCCGGGGGAGAAGGAGCAGGAGGCCGGGCUGCAGGACCCGGCGGGAGCGGACAGCGUGCCGCUGCGGAAGCGCGCCCUGCCGGCGUCCUUCUGGCAGGAACCCGGCGUGCAGAAGGGCCAGUCGUCGUCGUCGCGAGGGAGUCCGUCCUGCUCCGCGGAGGAGUCGUCGGCGGGCAGCCCGGGCAAGCAGGACUGUCAGCCCGCCGGGGAGACCACCGCGGCACCCCCCAGGAUUAUCACCAGCCACGGUCUGGACAGAUUUCCCACCGCGGUGCCGCCAGGACCGCUCGGGUACCUGCCGUACCACGGGUACCGCCCGUACCUAGGGUACGUCCCCCCUCCUCCCUGCGGGUUCGACCCCGCUCAGCCGCCGGCAGCGCCGCUGGGACACUCCGCUCACCAUGGCCUGGCGCAGGCGCCCGGACUGUGCGGCCCCCACCGACCAAAGGAGUCGUGCUCGUGCUGCCUGGCGCAGAACACUUCCGUCUCGGCGGCGUACAGUCGGUUCCCGUACGGACACCACCACCCCGCGUACGUGCCCGUACCCCACAGUCCGCUGGCGGCGGCACACGCGCCAUACUCCCCUCCAUGGGACCGGACAAACCCUCCCCCCUCCUCGUCCUCACCAACCACAACAACAAAACCCAAAAUAUGGAGACCGAUUCCCACAAAAACUGUCUCAACCUUCCCCACGAGAUUCCACCCACUGCACAUGUAGGACCAGGAAUAUUCAGACAUUAUUUCGUGCCCCGUCUACUACUGCGUGGUCUUAAUUUUCUUCCAAAGGAUUAUAUUGGUUAUUCUAGGAACGGAAGAUUCUCAGUCGCGCUGCUGUGACUCGGGCCUCUCGUCUCGUGUGUGUUGAACUGUGUCAGGAUGUAAAAAGGAGAGCCAUAAAGAUGUCGGGAGAAGAAUGUUUCUAUUUGCCCAGAGAACAUAUCCCACAGCAUCCCGAUUAAUUUGAGCUUCUGUGCGGCAAGGGGACCUGUGGGCAGAGCAAACCGGGUUUAUUUGCGCCAAGUUCUUCACCCGCGUGUAUAUUGGCCAAUAUUGACUGAUUAAUCCCUGCUCAAACAGGGACCGCGCGGCCCCGGAAACCCGCGGAGAUCCUGUUUCGCCGCACCGCACUCGGAUUUCUGCUUCUCUUCAACACCGCAGACCGACAGAGAAAGAUUCGCCGUGCAUGGUUCUUCCUAGGCUAGAGUAGCC